AUGGCGACCCAUCAGAAUCGCCAUUCUGCCCCCAUUGGCGUCCUUCCCGUGCCCCAUGGCCCUGAGACGGGCGACGAGCACGAUGACUUCCCCACAGAACAUACCACAGAGUAUGAACGCCAGAUUUUCGGCCAUGUCACGCGCCCCGACGACUCCUACACGCCCGACGGUACCUAUUGGGCUGAUUUGCCCUGGUGGAAGCGUGUCAACUUCGUGAGCAAGGUCGACCGCGAGGAGGCCCUCAAGGAGCUCAGGGCCACCGGUGACAUGAUGAAGAAGGACCCCCUUUCGCCCCUGGCUUGGUACUUUCGCAACGCCGUACUCCCUGGUGCCGGCCUCGGUCUCGAGGGCUACGUCUUGUUCUCCAUUGGUAAUCUGGAGCCCUUGUUUGCUGCUGUCUGGCCCGAAUGCUGGGGAAAGGCGCACACCGUGUGUUCCCAGAAUUGGGUCGCCUCCGUCACUUAUCUCGAGAUUGUCGGUAUUAUGAUUGGUCAAGCCGCCAUCGGUGUCAUCGGUGACUGGAUCGGCCGUCGCUUCGGUCUCAUUCAGGACGCCGCCAUCAUGUUUGUCGGUCUGCUGCUCCUGACGGGCAGCUGGGCCGCCUCCAUGCAGGGCUGGGUCAUCUUCUACGCCUGGUCCCUCUUCUUCUACGGCUUCGGUGUCGGAGGCGAAUACCCCAUUACCGCUACGUCCUCCAUGGAGAACUCGGUCGGCGCUGGGCGCAUGUCCACGCGCGACGACCGUCUGCACCGUGGCCGCAAGGUCACCAUGGCUUUUCUGAUGCAAGGCUGGGGUCAGCUCGUAAACCAAGUCGUCCUUAUCGUCCUGCUCGUCAUAUUCAACCGCGGCUACGGCAACGGCCCGUACUCCGUCUCCGCCGCCCAGUACACUUUCCGCCUCUCCUUCGCCCUUCCCGCCAUCGGCACCCUGUGGCUUGUCUACUACCGUAUCUGGAAGAUGCCGCGCGCGAACCAGCAGCUCGCCCUCGCCAAGAAGAAGCAAGGCGUCACCGGCUACGACGUCAACGCUCUCAAGUACUGUUGCCAGCACUUUGGUGGCCGCCUCUUGGCCACCGCUGGCACUUGGUUUUGCAACGACGUCUUUUUCUACGGCAACAAGCUCUUUCAGGGCCAGUUCAUCUCCAUCAUUUCCAGCAACCCGGACUCCCUCCUGACCAAGUGGACCUGGGGCUUGAUCAACGUCGUCGUUUCCCUCUGCGGCUACUACCUCGCCUCCCUCUUUAUUGACAACAAGCUUUAUGGCCGCAAGAUGAUGCAGCAGGUCGGAUUUCUCAUGUGCUUCGUCAUGUUCGUCAUCCCCGCCUUCAACUACGACUACUACGUCAGCCCGGCCGGCGUCCACGCUUUCCAGGCCAUGUACUUCCUCAGCUCCUUCUUCAAUCAGUUCGGCCCCAACUCGGUCACCUUCCUUGUCGCUGGCGAGGUGUUCCCCACACCCAUCCGCGCCACGGCUCACGGGUUCUCCGCCUGCAUCGGAAAGGCCGGAGCCCUCCUCGCCUCCGUCCUGUACAACUACAUCGACACCCGAACCAAGUUCUUAGUCGUCCCGUGGUUCGGUCUUGCCGGCAUGCUCCUCACCUGGCUCUUCCUGCCCGACACCACGGGCCUGGACCUCAAGGAGCAGGAGCGUCGCUGGACCUACAUCCGCAACGGCAAGGAGUCGGAAUAUCAUGGCGUCGCCGUACACCCCACCCAUCUCAGUGUCUGGGAGCGUCUCCGUGGCGUCGGCAAGCAUUACGAUGCCGAGAAGGACCACAAGGCGCAGAUCGAGGACAUGCGUAAGGAGUGGGAAGAGAGGCAGGCGGCGCAGGGCGAGAAAGAGCCCGAGGUCUGGGAGGACCCGGACAUGUUCUCCGAGGCCAUGCACGGAUACUUCAAGGAGCAACACAAGAACAAGAGCUCGGGGGGCGUCAUGGCGGCCGAGGCCUCAUCGUCGUCGUCGGCGAGGGAGAAGGAGGCUGGCGACGAGAUCCAGCCCAGCCCUCUCGUCGGGGAAACGAGGGAUCUGGAUGAGAAGCGGGGUUAA